CCACCCUUUUCUCUCAUUUCCUCACAAACCGAGCUUUGCUGCAAUAACCCACUUCUGUCUUGAACUGCAAAUAUAACCACAGAGAGAGAAGGUCCACCUCGACUCUUAGUCAGCUAUGGCCAUCUCCAAGGUUUUGAUUGCCUCUAUCCUCCUUUGCCUCCUCCUCCUCAGUCUCGCCGAAGCCGCCGAUCAGACGGAGAGCACAAAGGUGGCCGGGAGCUCUGAUUCAGGCAAAAUCGACUGCGACGCCGCCUGCGCCGCCCGGUGCCAGCUGGCGUCGAGGCAGCGGCUCUGCCACAGGGCGUGCGGGACGUGCUGCGCGCGGUGCAGCUGCGUCCCUUCGGGCACCUCCGGCAACACCGAUGUCUGUCCCUGCUACGCCACCAUGACCACACACGGCGGCAGGCUCAAGUGCCCAUGAGACCGAAAACAUUCUAACUCCCUAGCCGUGCUCUCUCGCCAUAGAUCUACCGUUUGCCUCUUCGGGUUCUUGUAGUAUAUACAGAUGUUUGUGAUUUUGGAGAACUGGGUCGUUAUAAUGCAAAAGUUUUCGGCUUUGUGAAUUAUAUUGAAGAAUGUGGAGGGUUUGGGGACCUUGGGGACAUUGUUAUGUGCGUCGUCGUUUCCGUUUGGAAGAGUUUGUGUACAGUGUGUAUGAAAAUGUAUCGCAAAUAAGUGGCUGAUUCCAGUAAUGAAAGUGUUGCAUACAGAAACAUUUUCCCA